AUGUCCGACAAUUGGUUUUCUUCCAAGCUCGCCCCGGACGGCGACACCGAAGAUGGAUGCCAUCCCCAAGAGGCGCAGGCGAUGAAAGACUACCUGCACCAGAAGACAAAUGCAGCAGAAGCCGCCCGAACCAUCACCAACCCGGUCGCGAAUGCCGAAAGCCCCAGAGAAGACCUCGUUCGCCUGUGGGGAUUUCUUAUGGACUCUCUCGUGGAACUACCAGCAGAACACGUCGAGCCACUGGUAGAGCUGCUCAAGGCAAUCGAGAACCUCCCGGAGCCUGACUUCAUUUGUCUAGACGAGAGCAAGCGGCCCUCUGGGAAGCUAUGGAAGGGUCUACCAGGGUUUGGAAACCUAUGGGCCGAUUCAUAUCAAUCUGGGAGCUGGAGGAAGGCUGCCGCGGCGGCUAAGGGGCCGGAGCGUGACGCGCUGCGAGACGCACAUGUCAGGAAGGCAGAGAUUGAGGCGCGGAUGGUCGCGGCUGGCAUCGGCGCCAUCCCAAUUGACUGGGGUUAUGAGGUCGUCGCCGACGCCUUGGAGAGCAGCAACGCACUGCUUGAUUUUGAGGUUCCAGCUGCGGCAAAGUGGCUGGCUAUCUGCGGGCAGCGGUUCCGAAAGGGAGCGGAGGAUGGCGAGGAGAGUUGGGCUUUGAAGCCACAUGAUACAGCAUCGACUACCACCCCUUCCCGGGAUCUCUCAAAGGCAUCUUGGGACCAGAAGUUGAGUUUGGAACGAUGGUCGUGGUGGGAAGGGCGUCUGAUGGAGUUGCAGGGGGAGCAGGAGUAA